UUAGCUUAGUCAACGGGGCCACAACACUCCAUAAAACAUUUGUCAAUACAACUAUAAUAUUUUAACUUAUAAAUUGAGUCGCUUAACAUGAAUGUGGAAUACUUUUCGGAGGGGCUGGAAUGCUUGAUGUAUUGCGGAAGGAAACUAUCGCCAGAGCAACGAAUUCUCAUUGAGAACUCGUUGAUUGUUUUGCUGCAGGAGAACCGCUUUUCGGGCAUGUAUUUCUGGGGACGCAUUACGGCUAUUAAGAAUGACUACUAUAUUGCCUUUGGCUACACAAAUGACUGUCUAAAGGAUCGCAAGUACUUCUACAGUAUCGAUCAGUAUCAAUGGCAGCUGUUGCCAUUUGUCCAGAGCCCAAAAAUUUUUCAAGCCACGGUCUUGGCACCCGACCCUUUUUUUGGGGAUCCGAGUUUGCAAACCUAUGUUAAGCUGGAUCCGACAUUUAAUAUAGUGGCCAAUCAAGUGAUUAGCAUUAGUAGCCCGGAGGUGAUCAAGCUGAAGGAGGAAGAACGUCUGGCUGCCAUAGUAUUUAUUAUAAGUGAAGAAAGCGCCAUUUGUCCACGCGGUGCACUCUAUAAGAUGGUCGAUGGGCGCGUCAUACCCAAUCAAAUGUUUCGCGGCCUGAACGAUUUACAAAUCGAAAAUAUUUCCUACUAUCAACUGUACCGACUGCCGCGUAACGAUCUAAAGACAAAUUUGUCGAAGCGCAGCGACUACAACUAUGCCAUCGACUUUCUGGAUACCAUCGAUGGCGUCAUACCACUGAAUCAGGCCUUCACCUUGAAUAUGCAACGCAAUGAACGCAUUGCGAUCAUAAAGUCCUGCGUUUGGCUGGGCAUGACCUUCUUUCACAAGCUGAACUCACGCAAACAUGGCUUUGUCUAUCUGGGCGAUGGUCGCAAAAACUUUGAUUUGCUGUUUAUGUAUUGAAAUAUGUUAAUAUAUUUUCAGUUGGUGACAGAGAUUGUCUAACAAGCA